GGCUGGUUCAGGUAUUGUGUAGUUAGUUGGGCUUGUCCGGCAGCACCCUGUUCCGACAGUAACACCAUCAUUUCUUGGCCUGCUAAACUUUGUAACCAAAUAUAAAUGAAGCUUUACAAAUAUACCCAUCUGCGCUCCCACUAAGGACGCUUGAAGCGGCAUCACUUUAUCCAGUAUGGCCCGUUGUGGAGAAGUGGACAGCUCAGCGAAUGCACUCAGUCCUACCAAGUUAAUAGAGGAGGUAGGAGAUGCUAGUGAAUCAGACCCCUCUAGGUCCACCCCCAGGUCUGAGUGUGCCAUCUGCCUUCAAAGCUGCAUCCACCCUGUACGCCUCCCCUGCUGCCAUGUCUUCUGUUUCCUCUGUGUAAAAGGGGCAUCCUGGCACAGCAAGCGCUGCGCUCUCUGCCGACAAGAAAUCCCAGAGGACUUCCUGGAGCGGCCUGUCCUCCUCUCACCUGAAGAACUGAAGGCAGCAGCUGCAGGGGUAAGCCGAGGUGCAGGGACAGGUGGCAGUUCUCGUGGAGACUUUGCGUGGUACUAUGAGGGGCGUAAUGGCUGGUGGCAAUAUGAUGAGAGGACGAGCCGUGAGCUGGAGGACGCCUUCUCAAAAGGGAGAAAGAGCACAGAGAUGCUGAUUGCAGGGUUUCUUUACGUUGCUGACCUAGAGAACAUGGUGCAAUAUCGCCGUAAUGAGCAUGGACGCAGGCGCAAGAUAAAACGGGAUGUUGUAGAUAUCCCAAAGAAGGGAGUCGCUGGACUCAGGAUAGAACCUGAGCCUACCCCAAACCCUGCUCUACCACCUGCUUCCUCAGUUGCAGCAGAACGUGUCAGCUCAGCUGAUGGAUCAGACACUGCAGGUCAAUCACAGUCCUCAUCCUUUGGGAUUCUACUUUCUCUCCCCCCUGUUAGACCUCCAACUCUCCUGGGGCGCCAUCCUACCAGUCCUCUCUCUCCUGCUUUAUCACUGGAAGAGUCUUUCUCUCAGCUUCUGUUAAGCCAGCCAGAGGGUGAAGAGGUGGAAGGAGAUGAAGAGACAUACGAGUAUGCAUCUGGCAGCAGUGACAGCGAGGAGGAGAGUGAGAGAGCAGAAUCAGUGCCACAGAGAAGACAAUGGCAAAGACCACCAAGAGACAGCCAGCCUGCCAGGAUGCCCCCUCGAGGCGGGGACUCCAGCUCUUCCCUCAGUCUUCGCUCACGUAGUCCUGAUGGACAGUGCACUGUUACAGAAGUGUGACUACAGACUGGAUAAUCAUGUGUCUUCAACCAGCUUGGCAAAAAAGUCUGAAAACCAAUAUGCAUCUUCAAAAGCCCCAUAAAAUGUAAAAACACCUACUGUCAUGUGCCAAAUAUAAUCCUCAAAUACAAAAACUACCAUCUUUCCUUUAGGUCAGUUCGUGACAUUGCAAUAAAAAAGCCAUUGAAAUUAAUCAACAUCCUCUUCAAUCACCUAUCUUUUCACCUUCUCCUUAACAUGCAUUGUAUAUAUUUUUUCUUUUUUAAAUGUUUUUUUUCCUUUAUUAUUUUUGGAAUCAAGUUGUAAAAAUUAAGCCUACAUGUAGCACCUUAUGUUUUAAUUUCAGAGGGUUAAAACUGCACCAUGCUUCAAUGAUAAAAAAUUAAGUUAAGUGUAAAUCAAGCUGUAGUUUAGCUAUUUAAACUGGAGUCUGUGUUUAGGUGUGUGAGGGAUAAAGAGUCUUUAUCGCCUCUACUUUAUUGUAAAUGUCUCAUUUUAAGUUAUGGCGUGUGUGUUUGUGUUGUUAAGAGCAGUGGUAGGUGCUGAAAAGCUACUGGCAGAACUACUGGAAAGUAUGUAGAGAGGCACAUUUGGAUUUCUAUUUCCUGCCAUCAUAUUCUUAAUAGGGCUACUACAGAGCACUGGUAUUGACAUGUACAUGGAUGGGCUGCAGCUGUCCUGUCCUUACACGCCCUUUUAUUUUAUUUUUUUUUAACACUUUUUGCUUCUCAGUUUCUCACUGAAUCACUCAUACUGUGUGUGGUUGUGUUCUAGCUGUUGUGGUGUUUUAUCAAGUCAUUAAAGGCGUUCAUCUUUAA